AUGUCGCAAGGCUCCACGGGAUCGGGGCACCCUCCCCGACCCCCCUACCUGCCUGCCUUCCGCUCGGCCCCCGCCUCGAGACAGACCAGCCGGGCCUCCUCGCCCCGCAGCACCUACAGCCAGGCGCUGGCCUGCCACAAGGCCGCCCCCCGCGCCUUCAAGCCCGAUGCCAGCCCCAGGCCGGGGCUUUCCACCGGCGAUGCCGUGGCCCUGCAGUGUGACGACGGCGACAGGUUUUUCCGCGUGCACGCAGCCUCUACGAGCGUCGGCGAGGCGCUGGGCCAGGGUCCCGCCCUGCUCCGGCCCUGUGGCCGCUGCGGCCCCGCCGACGCCCACACCCACCUGGAGGUGGUCCUGUCCGGCGAGUGGCUGGGCCUGCGCUCCGCCGCGGCAGGGGACAGGUUCUUGCAGGCCCGCAAGCACGGCGCCGCACGCCUCGCCUUCCACAGCGCCAAUCUGGGGACCUGGGAGCAGUGGCAGCUGGGUCCUGGGGCGGCCGAGGCGCUGGCCCAGCCCUGGGAGACGUCCCAGCCCCUGGUUCUGCAGCACCGCCGCCUGCCCCAGGUCCAGCUGCAUGUGACCCUGGUGCGGGUGGGGACCUUUUUGCCGCUGAGCGUGGGGGGCAGCACCACCCCCCGGUCGCUGGCGCCCGUGCCGGAGGCCGGAAUGGCUGGGCUGGAGAGGGAGAAACUGCGCCGCAUCUCCGACGUCGUCGUGCAGGAAUGGUUUGCCUAUGUCGACCGCGAGAAGGCUCUGAGGAGCGAGGCCGAGGGCAGGCUCGCCGACCUGACGCAGACAACCGCCCACCUCCGCGCCUGGGCAGUGGAAAAGGUGGAGUCGCUGCGCAGCCAGGUGGAGCUGGAUGUGGCCGAGCUCCUGGAGGCCGUGCGGGCCCGGUCCCGGGAGCUGGCAGGGAGCCAGGCCGCCGUCGAGGCCACGCGCGGCGCUGCGCUGGCCGCGCUGGCGGCACGCCGGCGGCGCGACGCUUGCGCCGCAGCCUUUGCCGCCUGGAGGGCCGCCACCGCGGCCGAGAACCGACGGCGGGCCUGGGAGGCAGCCGCGGCGAGGCGCCGCGUCGCGCGGCUCAUGGGUCUGGCCGUCGACGCGUGGCGGCUGGCCUGCGAGGACGCGGCGCACACCAAGCAGCUGCUGAGGAGAGCCGUGGAGAAGCUGUCGGCCAUGCGCCUGCGCCAGGCCUUCCGCGCCUGGGCGGGUGCCGUGGAGCUGCGGCGGGAGCAGCAGGCCCUCUUACGUCGCGCUGUAGCGCAGUCGGUGGCUCGUCGCCAGGCCGCGGCCUUCUCAAGCUGGCGGGCAUGGGUGGAGGAGCGCCAGGAGGCGGCGGCGAAACUGGAGCACCUCAUCGCUCUGUCACGCGCGCGGCGGGCCCUGGGCGCCUGGCGCCGUUGCGUCGCCGACUCCGCGAGCCUGGAGGUCGAGGCGGCGGCCCAUGCCGCGCGAAGCCGCGCCCAGCUGGCACUGCGAGCCUGGAGGGCCGAGACCCAGCAGGCCGCCACCAGGCGCUCCCGCCUCGUCCAGUUGGUGGAAGGCAGGGCCCGCGCGCUGCAGCACGCGGCGCUGGCCGCCUGGCGCGACCACACCAAGGGCCUGAGGCUCGCCUGCGCCACGGUGGCGCGCUGCCUGGAGGGCAGGGCCGCCAGCCUGCAGGCCGCCGCGAGCCAGGCGGCCUGCCUCGCGGUCUGGAGGGAGUGGAUGGUCGGGAGGCGGCGCGAGCGGGCGCUGAUGGCCCUGGCCCUGGCCCGCGCCGAUCGGCAGAGGGCGCACGGGGUGCUGCAGGCGCUCGCCAGCAACGCGGAGGCGGCACGGUCGGAGCGGGCGAUGGCCCGCCAGGCCGAUCGCUUCGGGCGCCGUGUCCUGGUCGGCAAGGCGCUGGGCGCCUGGCUGGGCGCCCGCGACGCCAGGGCCGCGCUGGCAGCCACCCUGGCCCGCGUCGGGCUACGGCGGCAGGCGGUGCUCGAGUCCGAGGUGCUGGCGGCGUGGCGCGGCUGGGUGGGCGAGGUGCGGGCCGAGCGAGGCACCGUGGCCCUGGUGCAGGCCUGGCAGCGCCGACGGCGCGCGGCGCUGGUCUGGCAGGCCUGGCGCGAGGCCCAUGCCGCGGGCCGACUGGCGGAGGAUCGGGCAGAGGCCCUGGCCGCCCAGGUGAGAGCCAACACUGCGCGUGAGGCGCUGCUCGGCUGGCACGCCUGGGUGGCGGCGCAGCGCGCGCAACGCGCCAAGAUGAUGCAGGCCGUCAUGCGCGUGUCCGACCUGCGCUUAUGCUGGGCCUUUGGGAAGUGGCGUGCGCGCGCCGCCGAGAAGGGACUGGAGCAGGAGCGCCUGCAGCGCGCCAAAAGGUGCCUGCACCGCCAGCAGUGCGCCAGGGUGCUGGGCGCCUGGCGCGGCGCCGCCGACCGAGCGGUCCGCCAGCGCCUUGGCGUGGCGGAGAUGGUGGAGGGCGCCCGCCGGCGCAGCCUCGCAGCCAUCCUGGACGGCUGGCGUCAGGCGGCCGAGGCGCGCGACCGCCUGCGGCGCUGCCUCCUGCAGAAGCAGACCGCCUUCCGCCUCUUCCGCACCUGGUACUGGGACGCGUUCGACGACGACCUGCAGGACACGCUGCGCACGAUCUUCGAGCUCACGGAGGGGUCCAUCGCCGACCCACUGCCCUCCCGCCCCGCCUCGCCGGACGCUGGGCGUGGAGUCGGUGGCGUGGGGAGGCGGGCCACUGGAGCAGAGGCAGGCUCGCCGCCGCACGCCGCCGCGCCGGGCCUGGUGGGCAUGCCCCUGGCGCAGCAGCGCCGGCUCACCGCCAGCGUCACGCGCUCGCUGGCCGCAGCGGGGCUGGCCGGCGCUUCGCCCGGCCGCGGAGCCAGCCCCCUGCCGGACAUCCGCGCGCGCAUCGACGCCGCUGCGGCUGCGGGCGUGGCCUCCGCGGCGCGCGCCUGGCCGGGGCGCGGCAUCGCGGCGGCCCGGCCCGCUGGUGAGGAGACUGCUGGCGACCAGCAGGGCGCCCGGGAGGGGCCUACGUCAAAGAAUGAGCUGCAGUCCUGGGUCGAGGAAGGCCCGGAGGGCGCCAUCCGCGCCGGCUGGCGUUCAGGGGAGGCGGCGCCCACGCCCCCGCUCCCCGUGCGCGGAGCCUACGCCGGCCCAGCCCCGGGGAGCUGGGACCCGAUACCAGCGCGCAGUACAGCAGCGGCACUGAGCGCCGCGCCCACGCCGCAGCCGGGGCCCAUGCCUCGUGACAGCGCGGCGCGACGCGCGCUGGCGCUGGCGCGCACGCCCCUGUCCGCCGCGACCCCGGGGGGCCGCUGGGACGGCGGCCCCAACGAGCGCGGCGCCUCGCUCUCACGCCAGCUGGCCGAGGCGAUGGAGGGCGAGGGCGCCGGCGGACGCACGCCGCUGUCGGCCGCCAAGACGCCGCCGGGGGGCUACGCAGGGGCGGGGCACGGCAAGGAGAAUGCGGCGCUCGGAUACUCGCCCGCCUGGUACCAGAGCAUGUCGCCGUCGCAGCAGUACACGGCCGACUACCUUGCCGCAGCCGCCACACCCUCCCCCCCGCGGGCGCAGGACUCGGGCGGCAGCGGGCCCCUGGGUGCCACCCCCCCCCUCAUGCACAACCCGCUGAGCUUUGCCUUCUGA